UUUCAGUAAAUGAGAUCAUUUAGAAGAUUGUUACCUUGAAGAAGGUUUUAAAUUUUCAGUCUGGUUGAGUUUUGAAUUAGUUGAGAAAACGCUGGACAAAAUCCCCGCUGAAGUGAUGCUACGUAUCAGAAAAUGUAAAUAGUGAAAACCACAUACGUUGUAAAAGAUGCCACCAAUGAUGUUUCCGCCAUCAAACCCAGGACCCGGACCCGAACUUGGAGACGAACAUAUUCCUUACGACAUUUUAAACAACAAUGGUCCGAUGUUGGUUUUCAUUUUCUUGGUCCUCGUGAUGAUGUGCUGCCUCUUGUUCUGUUGGUGCGUUGCUAAAUGCUACAUACUUGCCGCCCUGGACGAGUCAACUGUGCAAAACUACAUCAAUUAUAAAAGGCUUGGCCGGUCUGUGAUUUGGGCUGAUGACGUCACGGAUAGUGACGUCACGUCGCCCGCGGAAAAUUCUCACAAAAUUCUCCCUUCGGUGAAAAACAAAGUUAUGUUCACUCAGGUGUAGCGGCCUGUGACGUCAUUCGUGGGUGAUUUACCUAAAUCGAGAAAACCUCAAGAGGGAUAUUUUUCACAAUUGUUUGUUUUUAAUGCCAUGUAACGUUUUGUAAUUGUGACAUCACUUAACUGUCUUUGUUACGCACAUGUUAAUUUUCUAUUUUAUUCGUACAAAUAAAAUUAUGAAAACAUUA